CAACAAACAGAUAAAUAACAGUGCAGACUCCUGAAAGCCUCAGAUGUCCCUCUGAGACAGUCUCAGCACGUUUGUCCCACUUUUUCGUUGGACCUUGAAGUAUCAUCAGAGACUUUUAUUACUCGGGUGUUGGACGCUCCACAGCAGCUUCACGAUGGAGCUGAAGGACUUCUGCGUGACGGGCGACCUGCUCAGCCCGCAGCGCAUCCUGGACUCCUCUUCUCCCUCCUCCUCCCCCAGAGAUGAACCUCAAUCUCCACCCUCCUUCCUCCACUCCUCCCCCAUAGGUCCCGCCUUUCCCCUGGAAGCCACUCCCACUCUCAGCCCUUCACAUGCAGAAUUCUUCCUCCACAGCCCGGCUUCUUCCUCCUCCUCCUCCUCCUCCUCCUCACCGUACAGUCUCCUGUGCCGAGCAGCGGAGCCCGACUCCCCGACAGGAUGUAGUUCCAGCGGUGGAAGUAGCGUCUUGGUGUCGGAAGCGUCGCUGUGUUUUUCUGUAUCGGACUCGUUUUCAGCGCAGGUCAACUCGAUCCUGAGGGGCGACUACAUGACCUCGAUGGGGGCCGUGGGGCCCAAAAGGCUGUGUCUGGUGUGCGGAGACUUCGCCUCCGGGUAUCACUACGGCGUGGCGUCCUGCGAGGCCUGCAAGGCUUUCUUCAAGAGGACCAUCCAAGGUAACAUCGAGUACAGCUGCCCGGUGAUGAACGAGUGUGAGAUCACGAAGCGGAGGAGGAAAGCCUGUCAGGCCUGCCGCUUCCAGAAAUGUCUGCAGGCCGGGAUGAUGAGGGAGGGUACGUUACACCAAACGACCGUUACGAGCUGGCAGGAAGUAGAACUACGUGUGUGUGAAACGCCUCUGCGUGUUGCAGGUGUCCGUCUGGACCGCGUCAGAGGGGGGCGCCAGAAGUACAAGAGGCGGGUGGAGACAGGACUGAGUUUAUGCAGCAAAGCCCUGUACAGCCACCCGAGCAGCAGCAGGAACAAGGUCAUUUCCCACCUGCUGCUCACAGAGCCCGCCCCUUUAGCUGCCAAUCAGGACGAUUCGACCAAUGACAGCAGCUUGCGGAUCCUGCUGAUCCUGUGUGACCUCCUGAACCGGGAGCUGCUGCUUCUGAUUGGCUGGGCAAAACAGAUUCCAGGCUUCUCCGGACUCUCAUUGGUUGAUCAGAUGUCGCUUCUGCAGAGUGGCUGGAUGGAGGCGCUGCUGGUGGGUGUGGCCUGGCGCUCCCAGGGCGCAGGGGGGGACGAGCUCGUGUUUGCCGGGAAUCUGUGUCUGGAUGAAGCUCAGUGUCGAGCCACGGGAUUGGCUGACCUGUACGAGGCGCUGCGUCACCUGAUAGCGAAAUACAGAGCGAUGAAGCUGAGCCCUGAGGAGGUGGUGACCCUGAAGGCCAUGGCGCUUGCCAACUCUGACGCCGACCCGGUGGACUGCCCGGACUCUGUGCAGAGGUUUCAGGACGGGCUCCACGAGGCGCUGCAGGACUACGAGUCGUCCCGCCGGGAGCAGCACCGAGCAGGACGGCUGCUCAUGACCCUCCCCCUGCUACGACAGACCGCCGACCGAGCCGUGCAGGCUUUCCUGCGGCUGCACCGCCACCGCCACGUCCCCAUCCACAAACUGCUGCUGGAGAUGCUCGACGCCAAGGCCUGACCGCGUCCUGUCGGCCAUUUAUCGGGGAAACUGUAAAAUGACCCAAUGCACUUGACUUGUAGCUUUCAGAGAAGUUAUAUUUUUGUAUCAUGAUGUUUGUUUUUUGGCAGAAAUGAGCUUCCGUAUUUUUUGUUUAUGGGACCGUUCCUGCUCAGUAAAGCUCAUUUCUGCUCAAAGAUCCAGCGUUACAGCUUUUCAUCAGAAAACAUUAAAGUGGAACCGUUCUACUCAUUUGCAGCGUGGGUUCUGCUAGGGCAGCUUUGCAUGAGUCACAGUUCAGAAUAACCCUUCUUUGUCUGAUACUGGGCCUCUGUCUCAAACACGCUACUCCCUGUUUAAGGGCUACCGUCCUACUUAAAUGUUUGAACGGCGAGUGGGCGGGGCCUUUAUGUCUGAGAUGACUACAGUAGGGAUAUCCUCUGUGACAUCACAGACCAACAUCAGAAAAAAAAAAAAGUUUGAAACAGAGUGUUCGUCUCACUGAAGUCGUUAUUAGAAACUUGGCUCAUGUUUAUUAUGAACAGGAAAGCAGAACAGAGCCACUUUAACCAAUCAGCAAACACUUCAAGCUCCGCCUCCUGUAGGAAAAGGUGGGCAUAUCUAGAGUCAGAUUUAAAUUUAUUUUUAUAAACUAAAAUAUUUUUGUGGGAUAUCCAUUUUCCACGAUGAUGCGAUCAAACUGCGAUGCUGAGUCGUCGUGGCUGUGGAUGUUUACUGUGUCAGAGCUGUUUGUUAUAAUAAUGAAUUAAAGCUUUUGGAAUAAAA